CAUUGACAAUUCAACGCGAUCAACAACGCAAAAGCGAGAGGGAAAUCUGAUACAAGUAAUCAAAGGUUGAUCGUGCGAUAGACAAGCAGGCAAAGCGGUGCAUCUCUAUCAAACAUACGCGGGUGUGCAAGAAGAAGAACAAACAUCAAACCUCUCACAAGAUCAAAGCAUUCAUGUUGAUCUCCCUCUAAAGCAAACCUCCCUCCCAUAUCUGAAGAGCUCAAAAUGACGUCCCGGCUGACGUCUUCCUUUGUCAGCCAAGAUGCACAGGAUCCAGAACUUGGAACGCCUUCACGAUCAUUGACCGGUCCAUCAAGAAGAAAGAGUGAAUCACGAGCACAAAGAUUAUCACUUGGCAAACCAUACGCAAGGUCAUCUUUAGGGCCAUCAGGUAAACAAGGCUUCGAUUCUCCAUCCAGCGCACAUACGGUCACACCCAAUCGACAAACGAGUAAACGCUUUGGCAAUGCUACAUCACCAUCCACCACCAUUCGUACGCCCCAGCAAAAUGCGAAUACGCCUUCCAGCAAAAAGGGUGGAUUGCUCUCUGGUUUACGUCAAGCAAUCUUUUCGCGACCUCUAAGUUGGCUUCAAUCGGGCGCUGCUCAGUCUGACUCUUUGCCUACUUCACGCUCAUCGAAUUCAAUUGGAACAGAGGCAGAAAAAGGUGUAGCAGCUCAACGAAAUGCGCAAUCACUCUCUCGCUCUAAUACAUUUGCUACUCAUGAAUUCGGUACAACCUCUUCUCGACCUUCAGCUUUUGUUGCUCCUCCGCCAAGCACGCCUUCACGUUCUCCCUAUCUCGGAAAUACGGUCGGACUUCCAUCACGUAGCGGUCAAUUGGGAUUGUCGGGGAAUGGUUCUGCAAUUCAAGAUACCCCAAAAUCAGCAAAUGCUCAUCGAUCUCCUUCGCCUGCUCGUUCUUCGGCCAGUGCAAUCAUUCGAUCUCAUGGUCGUCAACGUCUUUCGGUGGAACCAUCAAAUGCAUCAAGGUACGGCGUGGCAAGUUCCGCAAGUUUACUUGGUACGCCUGGGUAUAGAAGAUCAGGAUCGCAAAGGGGAGAUGGAAGCGUUGCAAGCGGCGGAAGUGCUUCUCAGGCGCACAGUAGCGCUUCCUUUGCUUAUGGAUUCGGAUCUGAACGUCGAUUAGGAGGCUUGACAACAUCUGCAAGUUUGUAUGGCGGUGCAGGCUCGGCAUCCCAUUCUCCUCUUGCUUCAACCUCGUACAAUCGUCUGCCUUCUCGUUCUCCAUUUGCGAUUCAACAGAGACGUAGUCUGGGUGGCUCAGCAGCAGCUAGUGAGAUGGGCAGUUUGCAUGGGAGAGCUUCUCCUGGCGUAAGACAAAGUGGACAAGGAUUGAUCACAACACCUGUCAGACCAGUCAGUAUGUUUGGAGGUGAUUUCCAUGGAAGUAGAGCUGGUUCAGUCGCAAAUAGCAGGGCAAGCAGUCGUGGCACCACACCGAAAAGAAGGGAAUGGAGCAGUCUCAAAUUGGCUCCUCCAAGUGUUCGACGUUCAGAAGGAGAAGAAUUGAUGCAAGAAUAUCUUGCGAUGCGUGAUGCAGCAACGAAUAACGACAUGCGUAGUAUCGUUCAUCCUGCUCUGAAUGAUACGAGAAUGGCGGAGGAUGAUCCUAAUGCAAUGUCCAGAGCGACUACACAGAAUGGUUCAUUGAAAAGGGGGGCGAGUAUGAGCAUCGAUGGCGAUUCAAUGAUGAGUGACGCCAAUCCACGAAAGCGUCAAAUGGUAUGGGAUUCCGAAUUGGGCUUUAUAUCGAGACAGGAACAGAUAGCUGCAAGACCUCCGAAACCUACAGCGAACAACGAAGCUGAAAGACUUUUGAACGCUUUGGAGGGUAUGCGUACACCUUUAGGAGAUGCAAGAAGGGAUAGUGCAGCACGUUCAUCACAUCAACCAAUCAAUAUCCCAUUAGCAGUACCUUCAUCGGACUCGUCGAGAAGAAGUGGUGCUGGUGAUUAUGUCAAAGCUGUUUCGCCAUAUGCUCGUGCGAUGCGUAAGCAAAAGAUGCAACAUACUGAUCAACCAGCUUCUGUUGGCUUGCGAUCACGCCUACGGAAAGAGAUCGCAAAGGCCAACUCAGAUGCGAUGUCUGUGGGGUCUGAGGAUCAAGAGGUAGAGAAUUCUGAUGAAGAGGAAUCCGAAGCAAGUGAAGAUGAGGAGGAAGAGGAAGAAGAAGAAAUUGAAGAGCCUCCUAGAAGAAGACAAGCUGGAAAAAGUGCCCCGCAGAAGCCACAAACAACACAGAAGCGGACUGAGGCUCCUGUACAGAUGGAAGACGAACCUCGUACAUUGAGAUCAGGCAAAGUCAUCUCCACGCAAGUUUCUCCUCCAAAACGAGCAAGCCAAGUAUCACCUCAACAGGAGAAAGUAGCACCAAUGUCCAGAGCGAGAUUCUCAGUCAGUAAUUCUUCAGCAGCAAACAAGCAACGUGCUGAACGUCAAAAUCCAUUCAGCAGCCCAAAUGCAGCCAAAACAUCCGCCGCAACGGCAGAUGCGGCAAAAGCAGCUGUACCGUCGAGGGACAAAUUUAGUAUCAAGAUGGAUGAUGCCGGAAGCAGUACCGAUUCUUCCGAGAACAGAAGAAGUUCUUCACUAAGACAAGGCGCUGAAAAGACUAGCAGAUCACAUACACGUUCUGGUCGUGUUGGAAUUGAUGAUGACGAUGAUGAUGCUAUGGAAGAUUCGCCGAGUGCUGAGGAAUUGAGCAAGAUCAAAUUGCCCACCAAUCUCUUCCCUCAAGGAUUCUCUUUCUCUUCGGCGCCUAGCACUGCUUCAAGUACAGCUUCAUCACCACAGGUAAAGCCUCUGACAGAACAACCAGCGUCAAACAGUACAGAGGAUGCAAGUAAAGCCGAAGGAUCAUCAUUGCUCAGUAGAAUGGGCGGAUUUGCUGCACCUGAAGCAACUCAGGCAGCACCUGGCUUUUCAUUGUCUUCUCCUUCACCUCCCACUUUCUCGCUUUCGUCACCAAAAGGUGGAAUUCAAACUUCUGCAGCACCGUUGAACAAGCCAGCAUUUUCGUUCCAACCUGCUAUUUCAUCUCCCCUUGCUGGUGGUAGCGGCGCUUCAUCUCCUCAACCUACGAGCUCAUCCGCUUCUCCGGCUCCUUCAUCCAACUUCUUUACUGCUCCAAGUGCUGAAGAGAAAAAGAAACAGGAACAAUCUGCAACACCGCCUGCUGCUGCAGAAGGUCAGAAGCCAAUUCCCAAUUUCUUUGCCUCUUCUUUGGCUAAGUCUAGUACGCCUGCUCCAGAAGCUCCAAAAACGCCUGCUUUUUCGUUUGGGACACCUGCAUCAACUGCGGACACCACGAGUGAUACCUCCAAGCCUGCAUUUAGCUUUGGGAAGCCCGCUGAGAGCACUCCAGCACCGAGCACAACAUCUUUCUCAUUUGGUAAUAAUGCAAGUCAAGCUUCACCUGCUCCUACUCCAUCGAGUACAUCAACUGCACCUGCAUUCUCCUUUGGCGCUCCUGCGGCAUCCAAGCCGGCAGAGACAUCCAAACCAGCUUUCUCGGGCUUUGAAGCUCCCAAAGCAAGUGCACCGUCCGGAUCUUUUUCAGGAUUUGGAACACCAAGCAGUGCUCCCGCCCCAUCCACUGCACCAACACCCUCCUUCAGCUUUGGCGCACCUUCCGCCACUUCAAGCGAAGACGGAAAGAAGAAGAGAGGUCAAGAUGAUGAGAAAGAAGCAGAAGAGCCACAAGCAAAACGCAGCUUUACAGGAUUCGGAGCUCCUGCUGCCAGUCCAGCUCCUGCCGCAUCUACUUCAUCACCUGGAACAUUCACCUUUGGUGCUCCUGCGAGCGGAAGUAAUGAAGAGAAGAAAUCGACUGCGUUUUCGUUCGGUGCAUCUUCACAGCCUUCCAACAAUGAGACCAAGCCCGCUAUGAGCUUUGGAGCACCUUCUCAAGCAUCAAGCACACCAUCAACUACUAACAGCACGGGUGGAUUUGGAGGAUUCGGAAGUGCGGCCUCUUCUGCAUCCCAAGCUGCUAAACCUGCUUUUUCGUUCGGAGCACCGUCCUCGAAUAAUAAUGCACCAUCCACUUCAGCUGGAUCAAGUCCAUUCACAUUCGGUGCAAAGACAGAUACCAAUGCGAGUCAACCAACAAAUAAUGCAGCUGCAGGUGGCACAUUUGCAUUCGGCCAAGCAGGCAAUACGGGUAGUACGUCAUUUGGUCAGCAAAGCAGCACGCCUUUUGGAAGUCAAAAUAAUAGUCGACAACAAUCACCAGCGCCUACACCAUUCACGUUUGGUGCCCCAGCUGCACAACAGAAUGGAACGAGCAACACAGGAUUUGGUGGAUUUGGGCAACAAACAGCACCUUCAUCCGGAGCGACUCCUUCAUUCAAUUUUGGCGCAGGAGCGCAAAGCAAUCCUACACAACCCCAAAGCAGUGCAGGAGGAAGCAAUGGGAUGUCGUUUUCAUUUUCGAUGCCGAUGUCCAAUGCUACUUCAAAUGCACCAUCUUUCGGUGGUGGAAGUCAAAUGAAUGGUGCUACGGGCACACCGGGCACACCACCAGCGUUUGUGUUUGGUGCACCCAGCACCGGAAAUCAAAACGGACCUGCAACUCCCACCACACCUGGAGGAGCAGGAGGUUUUAAUUUUGGUGCAGCAAAUCCAGCACCUAGCGGAAUGGGAGGAGGAGGUUCCUUGUUCAAUAUUGGUGCUCCAUCAUCCAAUGCGCCGGCAGGUAAUCGACCUGUUCGUGGUAUGCCAAGCAGACGGAAGAAAUAACAAAUUAUGCUAAAGACUGGGAUUCAUACAGAUACCUUUCUACUUUGUCGGAUCUUGUAAGCAGAGACGAUUGCAGAUGUACAACAACGUUUAAAUAUUGAAAGAGUUUGAAUCAUGUUCGUUUCGUGUUUGCGCUUUCCACGUUGGAUGACGGCGUCUUUGUUUUUGCCCUUGAUUUCCUAUCAUUCAAGCGCUUGAGUUUUUGGAUUUGUUCUUCAGUUGCCUCUUUCUUUUUCACCAAUACUCUUAAUUGAAUAAUAUCUUGCUAUGAUUUGGUCAUGAAACCAG